GAUCCACUCCCACCCCACCACUAAAAAAACUCUCUUACAUCUCUAAAAAAACUCUCACGGACUCCGCACGAUCUCCUCGGUCCACCCCACCCCGACUCCUCUCCCCACGAUCUCCUCGCCGCCGCCCCACCCACGCUGGCCGGUUCCGGCGAGCACCGGCCGCGCGCAACACCCCACCUCCUCCUCCUCCCCCUCCCUUCCCCUUCCUCCUCCGCCCGCCCCUUCUUUCUCCUCCUUCCUCCCGGCGGCCGGCGAUGGGCGCGGACGAGGAGGAGCACCAGUCCCCCGCGCGGAAGCGCGAGCGCGAGGAGGGGGAGGAGCCCGCGGCCGCCGACGAGAAGCACCCGCGCACGGCGGACGAGUCGGAUGGCGCCUCCCUGCUGGGGCUCGCCAACUACGCAGACGAGGAGGAGGAGCACGGGGCCCCGAGGGGGCACGCGAACGGCCGGCCCCGGGAGGAGGAGGAGGAGGAAGACGAUGAGGAUGAGGAGGAGGACGAGAGGAGGGCUCCGGAGAGGCGUCCCAGGCAGGUCGAGCUGCACCGGGACUGCCCCUACCUCGACACCGUCAAUCGACAGCUCAACAACAUGUAGAAAUGUAGAGCUGGAGCUUGGCCUUAGGCAUUAAUUUGUUGCUACCUUCGCGGUGAAUUCUGGCAGCAAAGACAAAUUGGAAGUGGUGUUGGAAGAUAUCUAUCUAUCAGCACUGCACACCAGUAUAUUGGGUACUGUAGGAGCAGAGGAGAGGCCAAAGGUAUGGAAUUUGUGAGCUGGAGUUCCAAAAUUUGGAGUUCUCCUGACUUUGAACAUUGCAUUGCCCGCAAAGUGUAGAACACAGAGGGGCAAUGGAUAAAAUCUACUCUGGAUAGUUGACAGAGGGAGUACAUGCUAAGUUGACUUUUUUCCUGCGGAUUUGCUUAUCCUGAAGAUGCUUGAAAGGAUGCAGAGGGAGCAGAUCAUUUGGAGAGAUAGGAUGCCACUGUUUGGUGUUUUUAUGCAUUUUGGUUUGCUUGUAAUUGUGUUUGCACUAGCUGGGAGUAUGUGACUCCAAGAAGUAUAGGUGUUUUAAUUGAAAGCAUGAAAAGCCAUGACAAUAUGUAUGCUCUUACAGGAUGUGCUCUAAUGCCGCUGGUUUAUUAUAAAUCUUGGAUUAGUAAUGAUGUGUAAUGAUGUUGGUUUAUUGCAAAUAUGUGUUUGUUUUA